CUUGUAUUUUAUCUAGAUGAGCAAGAUGGGAGAAAUACAGAUACGACAUCAGGGUUAUCUGUGAGAACUAAUUGAACAAAAAGAAAACUAACCUUGAUGCCUACAUCAAGCCCCACAACACACCUGCACACGCCAUGCACUUUUCUGGAGAGCACUGCACAAUUUUAGAAGCUGCAAGUAAACAGGAGAGUCCACUUGAAGUGGCUUAAACAAAACAAGGGUUGCUUUUUAUUAAAGAAAUAUGGGGAGGGUGGUGUAGAGAUGUUGAAAUCGGUUUGGUGGUUCUGAAGCUUCAGAGCCAAGUAACAUCACAUUUCUAUGAGCCCAUUCUUCAUAUUUCUUGCCUCAUGAAUAAGACACUGCUAUUGUAGCUAUGUUAUUGUUAUGUAGUGGGUUAUGGCAUUUGUAUUCAAAGCAGAAAUAGUGGGGAGGAGGGACAUACUAACAGCUCAUGUCUACUUUUAUCAGUACAAAUUCAUGAACUCAGGAGAUUUUUAAUUAUAUCUUAUGGCCUAGAGUUGUCAGAUGGUUAACCCCAAUUUUAAGGGAGUCUGGAAAAAAUAUUUCCCUUAGGGCUGGUCACAUUUUACCCCUAAUUGAAACUGGAUUCUGUUAGCACAUGAGAUAUGGGGUCAGGAGUUAACAGGAUCUGUCACAACCUUUAUCCCAACAUGUGAUUCUCUUCCUUCCUUCCUUCCUUCCUUCCUUCCUUCCUUCCUUCCUUCCUCUCACUCUCACUCUCACUCUCACUCUCACUCUCACUCUCACUCUCUCUCCCAUCUCCUCAACAGGAAACUUUACAAAUUAGACAUGAUGUCUGGUACAGUUGCAUUCCCCCCCAGCCCCAGAUGAUGGGUAGAAGGAAGCUUACUACAAGUCCAAGAUCUAUGGACCUGUUAGCUCUAUGAUGGUCCUGUUUGUGCUGUGGAUGUAACAGUUGUUGGGCAGAGCUAGAAAUCCUGCGUGUUCAGCAAGAUGAGCUCCUCAGCGAACAUCUAUGUCGAUAAUGGUUCCUAUAAUAAGCUUCUGUCCUACCUGAUGGGCCUGGAUCAGCCUCAGCUGGAGGAAUUCAAGAUCUGCCUCCAGUCCUCACAGCUGCUGCUUGGGAACUUCCAGCAGAUUCCCUGGGCAAAUUUGAAAGCCAUCGAUCCCACUAACCUGUUGUGUCUGUUGAGUGAAUACUUCUCAGAAAGGCAGAUCUGGGAAGUGACCCUCAGCAUCUUUGACAACAUGAACCUGACUUCACAGUGUACAGAAGUUCGAGCUAUGAUGAAUGUCCCAGGCUUACCAGUUGGUCCUGUGGAGAGAGCAUCUGUCACUGGUCAUUUACAGCCUGGGUAUCUCAAUAUCCCACCAUCACUGUUUGUUGCAGAGAUAGCACAGACACAGGGAUCCCAAGAUCCAAGCCAAGAAGAACCAGAGGUGCCAGAAGAAGAAAAAGACCACAGAAGAAGAUACAGAGAGAGAAUGAAGGCUAAAAUACUGACGAUGUGGGACAACAUCCCUUGGCCUGAAGACCAUAUAUACCUGCGCAAUGUGACUGAAAAGGAACAUGAAGGACUGAAGAGCCUCCUGUAUCCCAAUAGGACUGGAGCCCAGCCACAGACGAUCGUCUUAGAGGGUCUAGCAGGGGUCGGGAAGACCACCCUGGCAAUGAAGGUUGUGCUGCAUUGGGCAGAGGGCUUUCUCUUUCAUCAGAGAUUCUCCUAUGUUUUCUUUAUCAGCUGCCAUAAAGUUAGAGACAUGAAGGAUACCACAUUAGCUGGCCUGCUUUCCUGGGACUGGCCUGACUCCCAGGCCCCCAUUGAAGCUCUCAUGAGUCGCCCCGAGAGCCUCCUGUUUGUCAUCGAUGGCUUUGAAGAAAUGGAUGUGCCUUCCACUUUGGACGAGACUCCACCAUGUAAAGACUGGUACCAGCAACUCCCAGUCAACAGAAUCCUGUUCUACUUGUUGAAGAAAGAGUUGGUUCCCCUGGCUACCUUACUGAUCACGACCAAGGAGUAUAGAACCAAUGAUCUUAAAAAGUUGUUACUGAAUCCAUGGUUUGUACAAAUCGUAGGGUUCACAGAAGGAGACCGGGAGGAGUAUUUCAUCAGGUACUUUGGUGACCAAAACAAAGCUAAGAAAAUCUUGCAUUGGGUAAGAAAGAAUGAAUCUCUCUUUCACUUCUGCUCUGCCCCCAUGGUGUGCUGGACCGUGUGUUCCUGCCUGAAGCGGCAAAUGGCGAGAAAUCCUCACUUCCAGCUAAGCACCCAGACCACCACCAGCCUGUACGUCUACUUUUUCUCCAGCUUGCUCGCCACAGCAGAGGUGAGUUUGUCAGACCAGAGCUGGCCAGAUCAAUGGAGAGCCCUGUGCUCUCUGGCUGCAGAGGGGAUGUGGUUUUGGAAGUUCACAUUUGCAAAGAAGGACCUCAAACACAGGCACCUGGAAGCACCUGUCAUUGGUUCUCUCCUCAGGAUGAAUAUUCUUCGAAAGGUCAGCGACUGUGAGGAUUGUGUUACUUUCACUCACCAGAGUUUCCAGGUGUUUUUGGGAGCCAUGUUCUAUGUGCUCAGGGGGGUGAGAGGAUCCAUUGGUGGUCCUCCAAAGCACCAGGAGAUGAGGGUGCUUCUGAACGAUGCUUUGGCUGACACAAACUUCUACUGGAACCAGAUGGCUCUGUUUUUCUUUGGCCUUUUAAAAAGAAACCUCGCAGAAGAACUGGAAGAUACUUUGCGUUGUAAAAUGAGUCAUAGGACAACGGAUGAAUUACUAGAAUGGGCAGAUGAAUUAGAAAGCUAUGACCUCGUCUCCAGCUGUUUUGAAUUCCUACACUUCUUUGAGUGCUUAUACGAGACUCGGGAGGAAAACUUUGUAAGGCAGAUUUUGAGUCAUCUCCUUGAGGCUGACCUCGAUAUCUUUGGGAGUCUACAACUCCAAGUGUCUUCAUUUUGCCUAAAACACUGUCAAAGGCUAAGUAAGCUAAGGCUUUCUGUCAGCAGUGCUAUCCCUCAGACGGAACUGACUUUCAACUUGGAAACUCUGGAGACAAGGCCACAUUACAAGAUACGUCAGUGGCAGGAUGUUUGCUCCGUGUUUUCCAAUGGGAAUCUGACUGAGCUGGACUUCAGUAACAGCAAGCUUAAUGCUUUUUCAAUGAAGAAACUCUGUUACGAACUGAGAAAUCCAAGGUGCAAACUCCAAAAACUGACGUGCAAAUCAAUAACUCCUGUGAGGAUUCUGAAGGAACUUGUCCUUGUCCUGUAUGGUAACCACAGGCUGACACACCUGAACUUGAGCUCUAACAACCUGGGAAUUCCCGUGUCCACGAUGAUCUUUAAAACCUUGAGGCACUCAGCCUGCAACAUCCAGUAUCUGUGGUUGGAAUCCUGUGGCCUCACCCCUCUAGCCUGUCGUCAUCUCUUUCUGGAGCUCAGCAAGAACUCGAGUGUGCGCUUCCUCAGCCUGGGGGACAAUGAUCUCUCUGGUGUUGAGGUGAAAAGUCUGCAGGGGCCCUCGGAGAUGCCCGAGUCUUCCCUGAAGGAGUUGUCCCUGGAGAAAUGCAACCUGUCAGCAGCCAGCUAUCAGGAUCUAGCUUUGUACCUCACCAGUACCCAGAGAACAAGUCGACUGUGCCUGGGAUUUAAUCCGCUCAGAGACGAGGGCGUGAGGCUCUUGUGUGCUUCCCUGACUCACCACGAGUGUGCCUUAGAGAGAUUGGUGCUCUGGUUCUGCCAGCUCGGUACACCCAGUUGCAAGUACUUGUCAGAUGCUCUCCUCAAGAACAAGAGUUUGACCCAUCUGAACCUGAGGAAGAAUAACCUGAGAGAUGAGGGAGUGAAGUUUCUGUGUAAGGCCCUGAGUCGUCCGGACUGCAGCCUCCAGAACCUGGAUUUGUCAGAUUGUUCUUUCACAGCGGAAGGCUGUCAGGAGCUCGCUAAUGCCCUCCAGCAUAAUUGUAACAUGAAAAUUUUGGAUAUUGGGAGCAAUGACAUUCAGGAUGAUGGAGUGAAACACCUGUGUGAGGUCCUAAAACAUCCAAAGUGUGCAUUGAACACGCUUGGGUUGGAGAAAUGCAAUCUGACACCUGCUUGCUGCCAGUAUCUCUCCUCUGUUCUCAGAAGCAGUAAAAGCCUGUUUAACCUGAAUCUUUUGGGGAAUGACUUGGAGCCCAGAGGAGUCAGCACACUGUGGAAGGCCUUGAAAAAAUCAACCUGCAAACUACAGAAGCUUGGGCUUGAAAAAGAGUUGUACAACAUAGUGAAGGGGGAGCUUGAGGAAUUGCAGGAGAGGGGGUCCUUUCUGAGAGUCAAGUGUAAGUGGGAUUUCAAUGACCUUGAGGACAAAUGGUGGUGGUGAUCCAAAGGCUACACUAUGGGAUGUUCUUGGAGUAGAAUCACCAGGAGAUUUCUCAGGUGUUGCUGCUCUUGAGGACAAAUGAGCAGUUACCUCCAGAGUGCUUUCCCACAAUUUGUUGUAAGCAGCAUAUUUAAAUACCCAAUCUCCAGAAUCCUAAUCUAAUACUACAUUUGGCCCCAAGAGCCUACAUUGGCUUUGUCUUAAGUUUCCUUUUGUCUUUCUUGGUGUAAUGUCUUUAACUCUCACAUGUUAAGAGAAUUCAAUAAAGCAAAGGAUAUUAAAAAAAUACCUUGAGAAAGCCUAAAGCCUCAUUUCCUAUGGAUCGAGAGAUGGGAUAGAUGUGACUGUAAUUCCGCAGUUAUUAUACUGUGGAUAAACCAGCCAGAUGGAGAUCAAGAACCAUUCCUACGAUGCAGAUAGACCCAAUUUUGGCUUUUGCGUGUACCUUUGAAUGAUCCAUGGCUGUGUUAUGUCUAAAAUGUAUUUUACUCACCUGAAAAUGCUGGGGAACAUGGAUCCUACCCAAGGAUGUAAUGUGAAAUUGAUGUCGUACAUGGGAAAUACAUAUGAAGAUAGGAUCCGAUCACAAUUUUAUCUCCUUUGCCCUAUUAUUUAAUAGGCAAAAGCUAUCAGAAGUAGUCUGAGGGAACAGUGGGACAUUCAUUGCAUUUUGCAUUUCGUAGCUUAUAAAACCUAUCAUAGUGUGUCUAAAUCCACGUCAGAGCCCUGUAGGUAGGGACGUCCCUACUUGACUGAUUUUGAAAACAAAGAUUCUGAGGGUAAAUAUUCUACAACAAAUUACAGAAAUAGUAAGUCAAAUAAUGGAACUUAGAAUCCGAGUCUUCUAUUUUAAGAGCCAACAUGCCUUAUGAGACCCAGUGGGGUCUUGGAGUAAGUCCAUGAUCCUUCUAUCCAUCAUGUUCCCUCACCAUUAAAUAUAAGUGAAACCCAGAGUCCUUGAAAUAAAUCCUUCCUUCUCUUUCUUGUGGAUU